AUGAAACAUUAUAUCCAAGGAACAUUUUUGUCUGUUACUACAGUUUGCGAAGAGGGCCAUACUGUUCAAUGGACUUCUCAAAAAAAGACUGGAAAACGCCCAGAAGGGAAUAUUGUAAUUGGAGCUGCUUUAACGCUUUCGGGAAUUUUAUUCGCUCAAAUGUCAGUUUUUUGUCGAUCAAUAAAUCUAGCUUUUUUUUCACGUACAACAUACGACUUAAUUACUAAAUUACAUACAGGCCCAGUUAUUAAUGAUAUGUGGCGUGAACACCGAAAAGACAAUUUAAAUGAAAUUAAAAAUUCUGAAAAAAAUAUUUGGUUGGCCGGAGAUGGGCAAUUUGAUUCCCCGGGUUUCUGCGCAAAAUAUUGCACUUACUCAGUAAUGGACUUACAUAGCAGUAAAAUAAUUUAUUUUAAUUUAGUCCAAAAAGGUAUGGGUUCUGGGGAUUUGGAACGAAAAGCUUGCGAAUCGUUAAUCGAUAAAUUAAUUGAAGAAGAAAAUUGUAAUAUAGAACUAUUUCUAACGGAUCGACAUAGAGGUAUUCGAUAUUUUUUACGUACAAAAUAUCCUCAAAUUGAACAUGAAUUUGAUGUAUGGCAUUUGUCUAAGAGUUUGUUGAAAAGAUUGAAAGGACUUGACAAAAAAUAUCCAGAUGCAUAUUUAUGGAAAACAAGCAUAAAUAAUCAUUUAUGGUGGUCCUCUCAAACUUGUAACGGUGACGGAUCAUUACUCGUUGAAAAAUUCACUUCAGUUCUUAACCACAUUAGUAAUGUGCACGAAUGGGAAGAUAAUGGCAAAACAAAAAAAUGGGAAUACAAAAAGUUAAACGAUGAAGACUUAAAAAAAAAGCUUUGGAUACAUCCUAAUAGUGAGUCUUACUUUGCGUUAAAAAAAAUUAUUAUGGCUAAAGAUUUGUUAAAAGAUUUACAACACGCGAAACAUUUUGUACAUACUGGUCGCUUGGAGUCCUACCAUAACGUUCGCUUGAAAUAUAUGCCCAAAAGAAUACAUCUCAAGUUUAAUGGAAUGUAUUUACGUUCGAUAAUUGCCAUUCUCGAUCACAAUUAUAAUGUAAACAAAACACUCAUAGGAGAUAAAUUGGUUUUUUCAAAGCAAAUCGGCCGUUACACAUUAAAAAAUCGUUACAAAAAUCCAUCAAACAAUUGGCGACAAAUUAUAAUUGAAAAUAUCAAAAUUAAUGCAAUAACAGUUAAUACUUUAAAUACAGAAACAAGUACAAUCGAUGACAAUUUGCGAAUUCCAACCAAUAUAGUUUCAAUACCAAAGCCAAAUGUUGAUGAAAUGAGAUUGAAAAAGUAUUCAAGGUUUCAAAAAUAA